CCGAAAUGGCACUCUGGAUGAACUCAUGUUUUCAGAUGCCUCAAAAUCCCAGCAGCAUUAUCAGCCCAAAAAAUAGAAUCAUAAGCACAAAACUUGUGUCAUUCACUUCUUCUAGCCGUAAUUUCUCUCUUAUCCGGAGUAGUAGUGCUCCUGAGCCGAAUCCUGAUCUCAAAGAUCAUACAAAAAUCAUUAGGCGAUCCGGAAAUUACCAGCCUCCCAACUGGGGAUUUGAAUUCAUUCAAUCCUUAAAAAAUGAAUAUUCAGUAAUUCAUUUCUUUUAAAUUUAAUGACUUUUUUCUUGUUUUUGAGACUUAUAAACUUGUUUCGGACAUUGACUGUUUUAAUGAAUGUAUUGAAUAUAGGGAGCAAGUUACGUUAGUAGACGUAACAAGCUAAAGGAACAAGUUGAAGUGAUGCUAGAUGAAGAUCAUGAGGACAUGGUAAGUAAGCUGGAAUUAAUCAGUGACUUGGACAGACUUGGAGUAUCUUAUCAUCUUCAGGAGAAAAUCAAGUCAAUUUUAAGGGAAAUACACAAUGGCUUCAUUAAUGCUUCAAAUGAGAAGGGCUGCUUGUAUACAACUGCUCUGGGAUUCAGACUUUUGAGACAUUAUGGUUUUCAUGUCUCCCAAGAUGUUUUCAACUGCUUCUUGGACGAAGAAGGAAAAUUCGAGCAGCAGCACCUUAAGGACAGGAAAGGGUUGCUUCCGUUGUAUGAAGCUUCAUACUUAGAAAUAGAAAAUGAAAACACAUUGAAGUUAGCCAGAGAUUUUGCAGCCAAAAAUCUUAAAAGAAGCCUUGGGUUUAACAAGAAUUUGAGUCCACAUCUAGCGGAAUUGGUGCAGCAUUCGCUUGAGCUUCCACUGCAUUGGCGAAUGCCUCGCGCCGAGGCAAGGUGGUUCAUCGACAUAUACGAGAAACUACCCGACUCGGAUCUGGUGUUGCUAGAAUUUGCAAAACUAGAUUUCAAUAUUGUCCAAGCUACACAUCAGGAAGAUCUUAAAUUUGCAUCAAGGUGGUGGAACAGUACAGGGCUUGCAGAAAGACUAAGCUUUGUUCGGGACAGGGUGGUGGAGAAUUUCUAUUGGACUAUAGGGGAAACAUUUGAACCAGAACACGGAUAUUGCAGAAGAAUAUCGACAAAGAUCAACGCUUUGCUAACUGCAGUAGACGACAUCUAUGAUGUUUAUGGCACUUUGGAGGAGCUACAACUUUUUACUGAAGCAAUAGAAAGAUGGGAUAUGGAAGUGAUGGAUCAGCUACCAUACUAUAUGAAGAUAUGUUACUUAGCCGUCUUCAACGCUGUCAAUGAACUGGCUUAUGAUGUGUUGAGAGAUCAAGGUGUUCAUAUCAUUUCACAUCUGAAAAAGCCGUGGUUGGAUAUAUGCAGAGCAUAUUUGAAAGAGGCAAGAUGGUAUUACAGUGGAUAUAAGCCGACACUGGAAGAAUUCAUGGAGGAUGGUUGGAUCUCCUCAGCGUCUCCAACCAUGAUACUGCAUACCUUUUUCUGUGUUACAAAUCCGAUCUCAAAGGAUGGUUUGGAAUGCUUAGACAAAUAUCCCGAAAUAGUUCGUUUGUCAACAACCAUUGUGCGAUAUGCCGAUGACUUGGGCACGUCCUCGGACGAAUUGGCACGAGGUGAUGUACCAAAAUCAAUUCAAUGUUACAUGCAUGAUAAUACUGGUGUCAAUGAAGAAGAUGCUCGCGACUACAUAAAGUACCUGAUUGGGCAAACUUGGAAACGAGUGAAUAGAGAAAGAGUGGCAAAUUCUCCUUUCUGUCAAACUUUCAUUAGAAUCUCAGUGAACCUUUGUAGGAUGUCACAAAGUUUGUACCUGUAUGGUGAUGGUCAUGGUCAUUCAAAUCCCCAAACCAAAGCUGAAAUUGAGUCACUACUCUUCCAUCCCAUUCAUUUAUUUCUACCCGACCCUUUUGUUGCUUAACUUUUAUCUUCUUUUUUUGAAAAAAAAUUUUCUCUUCCAUAUUGUUUUGGUUGAUCUCUGAAAUAAUUUUGCUUUUUUCCAUGAUGAACGUCUAGCUAUAAUUUCUUUUAGCUCCUUUGUUAGUUACAAAGCAUGUAAUAUGUAUCUACUCUCUUGCUUAUGUUUGGGUUUGUUAUGGAUCCAAUUGGAUCAGAAAGCUUAUGAAUAUUCAUGAUAUGUUAAUCUCAAUUUUUUUUUAACGUCAGGAACCCCACAAGAAAUGGGUAAAACCACGUUCACUGCAAU